AUGAAGUUCGCAAAGCAAUUGGAAAAUAAUCUUGUGCCGGAGUGGCGCAUAAAGUAUCUCGACUACAAGGGCGCCAAAAAGAAACUCAAGGCUGUACGACGCGCUAUUCGAAAUGCCGAAGCCGCUAGUGCAUCGACCCUCGGGCAUCCAUCGCCUCGUAUCGCCGCCGGUAUAACCCAAAGGUUUCGCUCCGGUUCGACCUCGCAUGAUGCAGCCUCGUCGUUGAAACAACAUUUACCAUCGCCGAUAAAUGAUACGAAUGGAAGCUACGCACCGAAUAGAAAGCCGGGCGCCAGUCCGGUCACACCAGUGCAAAAUGGACUUGCGCAUUCUCCUGUUGUCGGUAACUCGACUCCCGGGCAGAGGAAACACGUUCAGCAGUCGGUAUUGAGUAUUCAGGAGGAUGAAGGGGAAGACGAAUACGAUGAACGAGGUCCUAAUUCUCGGAAAGGUGUGACUACACCCGACGAUACAAAUUGGAAGGCUGCCAAGAACGAGGUGGGCGAUGAGAACGAGCGAAGACACCUCAAUCCUUUGUCGGAGGCUGGUCAGCGUGUUCCUGGAAGUGGUGGAUAUGGUAGCAUAUCACCUGGACCCGUGGGCGUACGUCCAGCAAGCGUUGCCGGCGACUCUGGUAAACCAUCAUUACCGCCUGCCCUAGAUCUCCCGGAGCCUGCACGACCUUUGGAAGACCGAACGUCCGUCUCCAUACGACGGGCACGUACCUAUGAUUCUUCGCUUUCGUCGCUCGGUACGGGCCCACCGAAGGGUGAACGGACACCGCGAUUCGUAGUCCAUGAUAUCCACGAUGGAGAUGUAGAACCUCAUACGGUCCUCCCAACAGACGAUUAUGGAUUGAAACCUUCUACCCCUCAACGUCCUUCUAAUUCCCGUAGCGAGAGCUACCCGAUAUUCAAGAAUGUUUUCGAUACCUUCCGUCAACGGGUCACUUCCGGCGGCCACCGACGUCCAGCGUCCCUACCGAACAUUCGCAAUGCUCAAAUCUAUCUCGAGAUGACAGAGGACGCCCAAAAGGAAUUUUUCAACUACUUGGCAGAGCAAUUACACAAGAUCAAUGAUUUUUACAUAGAAAAGGAAACAGAAGCCAAAGAUCGUCUUGCACGUAUAGAACACCAAGUUUCCAUAAUGACCCGAAACCGUAUCUUAGAAAAGGAACGAGAGCGACGCGCAGAAGCCGAACUCAAUUCUACCCCUAAUUUCGACUGGAAACACCCUAAGGGCCUUGUUUCCUCUGUGAAGAAACGAAUGUCCAUGGAUACUAAAGGGAACCUUUUCAAAUCAGGUACCGUUUCACCUGAGGAUGAUACUACUAGCUGUCCAACAAUCGCAAAGCUAGCCUCUUCUGCCCUCAAAGAUGCAGCUGGUCCAGCCCAGCCAGCCCAUCGCGCCACGACCGAUACUUCACUGGAUGAUUACACUCGACGCACUCAGACCCAACACGUUCGCUAUAAGACUGCGAAACGAAAGUUGAAGGCUGCGUUAAUCGAGUAUUAUCAUUCACUCGAACUCCUCAAAUCAUACUCCGUAUUAAACCGAGAAGCCUUCCGCAAAAUUAUCAAGAAGUUCGACAAGACGGCGCAUACACACAUCGCCAGCAAAUACUUGGAAGAAAAAGUACAUCCCACGAGUUUUGCCAGUUCAGAAGAGAUCGAGAAGUUAAUCGCUCGAACGGAGGAUAUCUUUGCUACGCAUUAUGAAAAGGGGAGAAGAAAACAUGCUGUUGAACGUUUGAGAACUCGAGAACAGAGGUUCCCCGCUUCAGGGGCUGUUUUCAGAGCGGGGUUGUACCUAGGCAUGUCAAUUACGCUCCUAGUACAAGCAUUAUACCAAGCCUUCUACAGACUGGAAGACGGAUAUGGCAUGCGGCAUGAUGAGCAAGUUAGUUAUUUGCUACAGAUAUGGGCUGGCUUUGCGUUUCCGACGAUAUUUAUGUUACUGUUCAGUGUAUGUUGUAGAGCAUGGGUGAGAGCUCGGAUCAACUAUGUUUUCAUCUUCGAGUUUGAUACUAGGAAUAAGCUCGACUGGAGAGAGUUAUUAGAGCUCCCGGCCAUGUUCGCCUUCGUACAAGUGUUACUGAUGUGGUUCUGUUUUUCGACUUUUUGGGGCGAUGGAUUCGAUAGAAUAUGGUUUCCAGUAAUAUACGUUGGACUCGUCUUAGUCGUAUUGUUUAAUCCGUUCAAGUUUGGUUACUUCCACACCCGAAAGUGGCUGCUAUACACAUUGUAUCGUCUCUUCUGGGCCGGCUAUUAUCCAGUCGAAUUCCGUGACUUCUGGUCCGGCGAUAUCUUCUGCAGCUUGACCUAUACGAUGGGAAACAUCCCUCUCUUCUUCUGUCUUUGGACCGUCAACUGGGAUACACCCGGACAAUGCAACUCUUCCCACUCUAGACUACUAGGAUUCUUCACCGCGCUUCCAUCGAUCUGGCGUCUUCUACAGUGCUUUCGUCGUUACCAUGAUACUCGAAAUGCAUUCCCCCAUUUAGCCAACGCGGCGAAGUACGGAUGCGCGACAUGGGACCUCCUAAUGGAUUGGUCGCUUCUGAAUUGGUACGCACCGAACAGGCUGUUACGAACAGAGCUAGCCUUCCGAAGACCGAUAGCCUAUUACCUCGCCAUGAUCGUAGAUCCGAUCAUCAGAUUCAGUUGGAUAUUCUACGUAAUAUUUGCGAAUCAGGUGCAGCAUUCGGCGUUAUUGAGUUUCAUGGUUAGUUUGGCAGAAGUCGGCAGACGGUUUAUCUGGUGUUUCUUCAGGAUGGAGAAUGAACAUUGUGCCAACGUCAACAAAUUCCGAGCCUACAAAGAUGACGUCCCACUACCUUACAACGUCCCACUCCCUUCAAUGCUAUCACAAACCCGACGAACCUCAUCAGGCGCAGGCAGAACCCCCAGAAUGACAGCCGCACACGCCAGAGUAACAGACGCAGAAGCCCGCGUAGAACAAGAGAUCGCUGCCGUAAGCGGAGGAUUAACCCCCUUGCAAGUCGGCCGAAGACCCAGUACCAGUAGAACCUCGGGAGCAGGAGUCGGAAUCGGAAUCGGGUUGGGUCCCGGUGCUAUGGAAGCGGGUGGUGUACCUCAAAAUGUGGACUUGUUGCCUGAUCGAACGCCAUUGUUGAGGGCUUAUACGUUGAUGACUACGGCACAUGCACAAGAUUUUGAGAGGAAGAGACCGCCGACUGGGUCCGCGGGUGUUGUUGGCGGUAUUGGUGGUGAUACGACAUUGGGUGGUGGAGGUGGUGGUGGAGGUGGGGGUGCUGGGAAUACGGGGAGGUUUAGAGGGUAUCUUACGAAUAAUGGGUAUGAAGAUGAUGACGACGACGACGACGAUUAUAGCGAAAGUGAGGAAGGAGAUGUGAAGGGCAAAGGGGAUGAAUAUGGUAGUGAAGGGUAUGCUAGUAGUUUGGCGGAGGAAGCGGUGGAAGGGAUGGCUGGGUUGAGUUUGAGGAGGACGAGGACCGGUGGGAGGGGUAGUAUGGAGGUGGAGAGGGACGGUAGUAGUAGCAGUGGGGCUACUGCUAGUGCUACGGGGUAUAGAGGGACCGGAGCGGUAUUGAGUCCUACGAGUUUACCGAGACAUGGGGGUUCUAAUUCGCAACCUAGUCCGGGAAUUGGACCGUCGAAUAGGGCGACCUAUGCGGCGAGGGAUUAUGAAAGGAGUGGGAAGGGGAAGUAA